CUCAACUUCUUCUUCUCAGAACCUGCCUAUUGAGCCUGUAUGCUGAGCAUAAGCGCCACGCAAGUACUGGUAUGCGCUACAGCAGUUUGCUACAUCCGAGUCGAGGCAUGGACAUUGGUGACUGCUCACGCAAGUGGAGCCAUGUUCGCACCCAAGUGUUCUCCACUCUCAGGUCCUUCGACAAUUGCAGUAGAUCAUCCGUUUGUGAUAAGCGAUUGCAUGACUUCGGAGGUGUUGGCGGUCUGUGCUUUCAGCAUUGAUGUCCUCAAGAACACUCUGGACCUCGUCAAAUAUGUGGAUGGUAGGUCACACCAACUCCCGAGAUCGCAAAACUUAUUGUACGUCAAGUGGAGAACGAUUGGAUUCAGUCGGUACAUGUCAAAUAUUCCAUUGGUAAGUAGUCGUAUUUCGCGUGCAAUAAAUGACAUCAUAACCAUUAACGAGUCCAAUCUCCUGCACCAGGGCACUGUCAAUACCUCAAUUAUCACGGGCAGCAAGGCGCAUGACUCUCCCGAGACCAAACUGUACAUGGUGACUCCUACGAGGAACAGUUCAUGAUCACCCUUACUCUUCAAUGUCUCUUAUGAGCACGUCCGUUCUCUUCACAAACUCUACGUCGACUCUAUAGUUAAUCAGUUCGACUGGC